CCAAAAAGAGAUGACGUGGGAAGGAGCUGCUGCCGGUGAUAUAAUUAAUCUUUCUAAGUUUCAGUGAGCUGUUGUCGUAGGUUACCACAAUGAUAGAUAAGCGCUUGAUAGUUUUGAUAAGUAUCCCUUGACAGGAAAUAUUUCAGGAACACUUGCUAAUGUUAUGAGAGGACAGAGUUGAUCCACGCGGCCGUUUUCUCGUCAUAACCAGAGAUGAUUAGUGUUAUACGACUCUUAUAUACUUUGAUUUUCGUGUGUCAGUGCAUCAUGUUGGUCAUCUUGUUAAGUAGCUUGGGUAAAGUUGAGUGAGGAAUGAGUCUGCAGCGUAGGAUUACUGAGACUGACGUGGCUUGGUUGAAGCGAAGUGUGGUGUCCUCCGUGGUGUGCUGUGGUCAGGUGUUCUUUGAUGUGUGGUGUGUGGUGUGGUGGUGUACUGAGGUAUAGUGGGGCCGAGAUCUGGUGGACAAGAAUGUACAGCAAGAACUUGCAGAACUCGGACAGGAGUGAAUUACUGGAUCUGAACACCUGAGUAGGUAAAGAAGCACAGCUGCACAAGCAAAGAAGAAACACUACUACCAUGAAUGCCCAAGACUUGUAUGACAAUGUGCUGCAGGGAAGAGAGUCCCAAGAGUGACACCACCAUUGAUGAGAAACCCGAGGACAACCUCUGGCUACAACUGGGCUUUACUGUGGACUCUGAGACAGGUGAGCAUUUACUGUCUCCUAAGAAAAACAUCAGCGGAGGAGACGUGACCCUUGACUCUGUGUCUCCUCUUAACUCUCCGUCCUUCACCCUCAAUGAGACUGUACCAGACUUCAAUCUUGACUUCAACCUUGAUGAAGCCUUGAAAUUUGUUGGACUGAACUGCUCUGAGACUGGGGAAACUGUCUGGAAGCCCUCAGAGCCUGAACCCACCUCUGACAACAAGGAAAGCCCUGGUAAGGAGGAGGAGGACAGCGAGGACAGCUUAGACACCUUGAAUGACACCCUGGACGAUAUGAUCCAGGCCUCCCAGCUUCAUCCUCAACACCCGUGCUCACUACAGAUGUUGGCAGCUCUGCGGGACCCCACAACACAGCGCCUCGCCACUCGCUGAUUGGCUAAACCUUGGCCGCUCACAUCUCGCGCCUCGCUGCCUGACGCAAGCCGCGCCGCUCGCCCGCUCAACACCACAGGAAGAAAUGCAUGGAAUCUGUAAGAGGUGUCAGGAAGGGAUUUGUGAACCCUUUGGUGGCAAUGCACAUUGUUCCUGCGUGUUCCUCUCCCCCAGCAGUGAUAAAGAUGAAGUAUUAUAAGCCUUUACCUCCCAAAUGCCGCCGUGCAGGAAGUUGGUGAAAAACGGCUUGCCAGCCACCGCCGCCUUCACCAUAACAAACUAAAGGUAGGUUGCCACACGCGCACUUUUUGGGCACGACGUGGCACGAGGUGAGUGCGCGCCACACCGCGAGUAGAAACAGUACAGAAACAGAGACGUCGGGUACAUUGCGCGCAAGGGUGUGGCGAUGUGGCACGAGGUGAGCCCGAUCUGGGCACGAGGUGUUGCGAGACGUGACACGAGGUGAUCACGACGUGGGCACGAGGUCAUCGCGACGUGCACACGAGGUGUGGCCCAACCCGACGACCCGUUUUGAGGGGUCGCACA